CGUUUUUCUGAAAAUUGUUAUACAAGUGAAUAGUAAGGAUUCGGAUUAUAAUCGAUAAAAAUUGAAAGAUACAGAGAUGUCUUUAAUGAAUUCUUGCUAUGUAUGUUAUAAUUUGUAUUUUUCUAAUGUUAGAAAAAUUUUUGGGACAAUUUUUUUCUAGAUAAAGUUGAAAAAGAUAUAUUUACAGAAAGAAGAAUUUUACAAUUAUAGAAUUAUGUUAUAAAAUAGUGUGAUAUUGAUAAAUACGUGUAACUAUUGUAUAAUUUAGAUUAUGUAAAAAUUUUAGAAUUAUUUUUCAAUUCCAAUUCAAUUUCUAUUUCUAAAAUUUUUAAAUGGAAGUAUAUAGUAAUUUAUUAACAAAUGCUCAAUGUGUGAUUGACAACAUUGAAUAUUAUUUUUUAAUGAAGAUCAAGACAAAUUUUCUUAUCCAUACUAUAAUUCUCCUCCAAAUAUUAGAAUGAUGUUUAAAAAAUUAAAAAAAUCAAAUUAUUUUAUAUUAUUUUAUUUUAUGUAAAGUAAGCAUGAUUUUUAAAGAUUGAUUUUUCAAAGCAAUGAAAUUUACGAUAUUUGAUUAAGAUGUCCGAUUUAUUUUAACUACCAGAACCAGCAAACAUUCAUCAACAAUUUUCAUUCAAACAACCAACUUUCAAGUAACAUUCGACUACAUUUCCACCAAUUUCCAUGAUGACCUUGUCCCCAUAUCACGCAUGUAUUUUGGGAAUUCUACCACUGUGGCGUUUAUAAUUGGCUCGUAUUAACUAACUACACAAUCUUUGGUAAAACAUUGUAAUUUUCACCGACGAAACAAAGAGAAAUGUAAAUCUACGUAAAAAUUUUCUUGAUUAUUUAUAAACAUUUAUUUUUAUAUUCAUCAUUUCUGUUAUCUAUAUCCUUCGUCAUGCAUUAUGCAAAUUUCAAGAACAUAAAAAAUACAGUAGAAAAUUGAGAAACACAUCAACAACAGAUUUUCGUUGAUAAAUAAGAAAAAAGAUGGAGAACGUGACAGAGAUAUUGAAAGAACGAGUUUGAGGAUGACGUGAAGAAAGUUAGGUCGAAACGUGUGAAGGAUCUUUAUACACUGGUCAAUGUUUUAGCGGCCAGAUAGACCCUGCAAACUCGAGAAAACCGGGUCGCCAAGAAGUAUUUUUAAAACUGCCACUCUACUACUGGUAUCUACGAAUUUUAUGAGAUAAAGAUUCGAUGGCGAUUAUGCGAAUGAUUUUUGUGUAUCUCGAAAAAAUUGUCAUUUUGCAGACUACCUCUGGAACCGGUAUUUCAUUCUACACUCUAAACUUUUCAUUGAAAUCUUAACAGCAGAUUUUCUAACAUCUCAUCAUUACUAAUAAUUGAUAAUUAUUUAAAUAUUUUCAAUUGUCUCUAAUUAUAAUAAAUAAUUAUAUAUAACGUACACGUUUAUUAAAAAUCUAUAUAUACCGUUGUUAUUAAACGAACAAAUAAUCAAAAAACCUCCAAUUGCUAUUCAUCAUCCAACUAUAACCACUUUCGAUUAAUAUAAAACACAGGAGAUAUCUCGACAGCGGCCUCUAACGGUGAAAUACGAAACACGAUCAUCUUCGAUCAUCGUCCGUUCGUCGCAUAUCAACGUCAACGUCUGAAUCAGAACUUAAAUCUCGCGAAAGGAGCCAUUGAAGAACCAUUCCAUUCUCAACCAGGGUCAACCAGGUUCAUUUCUCCUAAUCGAAUAUUCGAUUUCCGUCUUUCCUCCAAUUCCAGUCCAUCCGACCAACGAAGAAGAAAACGUUCGCAUCCUGCCAUUUGUGCUUGCAAGCACCAAGGACCAAGAAGAUCACGGAUGGAAUCCCGCGGAUCAGGCGGGAAAAAACGAGAAAAUGGUGGCUCGCGUGGUUUCUCGGCUGUGGGGUGAGAAGUAGAGGGGCGUCUUCAGGGUUUGGCGGUAGUGACAAUGCCAGUUCCUCGCGGGCGAGUUUGAGUCGAAGGCGACUAUCGAGUGAGAGGAGCUGCCAGCCCUGGCUCAUCGUGUAGUGCCUAGUGAAACGAGAUGACGGGCUCGCGGUUGAGACGGCCCGCGUACUUCGUGGGCCUCUUCCUGGCCCUUCUAGUCGCCGCCUUACAGGGAGUGCAAAGCGAAGAAGAACUAGAGGUGCCGCCAGAGGAUCUGUGUCGACCUUACAUUGAGAAGGCAUUGAAAGACCUCGGUACAGGAUCUUUGGAGCAGACCAGUGCCGAGGUUGGGACCGACGUCGAUAAAGAAAGUCAAGAAGAAGAAGGGAAACCUGCGAGCAAAGAAGAGCUAGAAACUGAAGCUUCGAAGGAAGACGCAGAAGAGUCGGUAGAUGCCAGAGCUGCGGAAAGCGUCGAACAAGCUGAAGAGGAGGCAGAAAAAGCAUCCGCGGAAGCUGAACAGAGCACUGAGGUUGGAAAAGAACAAAGUGCCGAAGCGGAUGAAACGAAAGGUGAGGAAGAAGAGAAGUCUGGAGAGGUAGAUAAAGGAGGAGAGGAAGAAAAGAAAGAAUCUGCCGAGCAAGCGAAAGAGCACGAUGCCGAUUCCGGUCAGGAAGAAACUGAAGAGACGAAGGAGGAGAAAUCUGGCGAAGAAGCGCAAGCAGACGAAGGAAAAUCCGAGGAAGAAACGCAAGGAAAUAGUGAAAAAUCCAAAGAGGAAGAUGCCGAUAAAUCCGAUAUAGAAAUUGGAGAGGAUGAAGGGAAAUCGGACGAAAAGUCGCAGGUUGACGAUGGAAAAUCCGACGAAGCCCGGGCCGAAGGAGAAUCGGCCGAAGAACCGAAAAUCGACGAGGAGAAAUCCGACGAAGAAGCCAAAACCGAGGAAAUAAAGUCUGACGAAGAGAAAGAGAAAAUCGAAGACGAGGCGACUGAUUCGAAGGCGGAAGAAGAGACGGAGAAAGUUACUUCUAAGGAAGAGGGGGAUAGAAGCACAGCCGAAGAGGAAGGUCAAUCCGCAGAACAACAAGCGAGCGAGGACGAAACGAAGGAAGAGAAUAAAGAAGGUGAAAGCGUCGAAGAUCAAAUAGAAGGAACUAAAGAAAGUGAAGAAGCUAAGUCGGCGGAAGAGACUGGAAAAUCGACAGAGCAACAGGAAGCGGAAGAAGGAACUGAAGAAGAGAAGGAAGGAGAUGAAGGGGACAAAUCCGCGGAUGUGGAAGAAAAAUCCGUAGAAGAGGCAGAAUCAAAGAAGGAAGAGGCUGAGAAAUCAAAAUCUCGUGCUAGACGAGAAGUUGGUGAAGAAGAAGAAGGAGGAGGAGGUGAGGAGGAUGCUGAAGGCUCGAAAGAAACAGAAGAACAGAACGAGGAAGAAGAGCCUACUCCCGAGGAAGACUUGAUCAGAGAAAUAGUGAUACCGGAAAAUUUGCGGCCGCGUGAUCAUAUUAAUCAGCUGUUGAAAUUGGACGAGGAAAAUGAAGAGAAGGAGCGAGCCAUCCAGAAAAUCGCGGAUAUUGUGUUGAAGGAGCUGAAGAGGGUUUAUGACAAUGCCAUCCAGCCAUUAGAAUCUCUGUAUAAAUACAGAGACUUGAGCAACAGACACUUUGGUGAUCCAGAAAUAUUUUCCAAGCCGCUAGUUCUUUUCAUGGGUCCGUGGAGCGGUGGAAAAUCUUCAAUCAUAAAUUAUUUACUCGAUAUCGAAUAUAAGCAGACAUCGUUAAGGACAGGUGGUUUGAGAGAGUGCUUAGAGGAGCAAUGCAAAACGCCAAAUGGAAAUGACACAGGAGCCGAGCCAUCUCCAGCCUACUUCAAUAUUAUAAUGCACGGAGAGGAAGAGGAGAUCCUCGAUGGCACGCAGCUCGCCGCUGACUGGACUUUCUCCGGAUUACAAAAAUUCGGCCAGGGAUUGCUCGAUCGUCUAAAGGGUUUACGACUCGAUAAUAAAUUAUUGGAAAAAGUAAAUAUUGUCGAGAUACCAGGGAUCUUGGAAAUUCGUAAACAAGUCCAACGUUUAUUCCCAUUUAAUGACGCGUGUCAAUGGUUCAUUGACCGUGCAGACAUAAUAUUUUUAGUAUACGAUCCGUCAAAGUUGGAUGUUGGGCCAGAAACAGAAGCGAUUCUUGAUCAAUUGAAAGGAAGGGAGCAUCAGACACGCAUCAUUCUUAACAAAGCUGAUCAAGUAAAACCGGAGGAACUUAUGAGAGUGCAAGGUGCUCUGAUCUGGAAUAUAUCUCCGCUAAUGUCUAGCGCUGAACCACCGAUCAUGUAUUCCACGUCAUUGUGGUCAAUCCCGUAUGAAGCUGGUGCACCUACCAGAUUAUUGUAUGCUCAGGAACGUGCAUUUUUACGCGAUUUGCGUACUGCCAUUGAUAAACAAGUCGAGCAUAAGAUAGCAAGCGCUCGGAGAUUCGCUGUACGAGUGCGCAAUCAUGCUAAAAUGGUAGACUGCUAUUUAACCACAUACUACAAUCACAAGACAUUCUUUGGGAACAAAAAGGAAAUCAGUGACAAGAUUAUUGAGAAUCCACAAGAUUACCACAUCUACGAGGGCCUGAGUACACUGAAGAACAUAUCACGAUAUGACUUGCCCGAUCCGGAUGUCUAUCGAGAUUUUUUCCGGUUGAAUCCUCUCUAUGAUUUCCCUCUAUUAAGCUCUACGUGCACGUAUUUCCGUGGAUGUCCAAUCAAUAGACUCGACGUUGCCAUUGCUUACGACUUACCAGAGCUCGUAGGCAAAUAUAAGAAAUCAGUUGAGCAAGUUAUACAUGAAUACGAAACAAGUCCUCCUAGUUGAGUGUAAUCCUACAUUCUGAAAUAGCUCUUGAUGCCGUAUGAGGUAUGAGGUGAGAGCAAAUUGUACAAAACAAAAAUGCGAAUGAGUGAAAAGAAGCGAACAUUAGUGUAAGUUCAUUACUUGAAGCAGUACAGAGAAGUUUCUUUCUUAAAAUAAUAAAAAAUAAUCUUGGAUCGCCUUCAGAUAAAAAUCCAAGUGGAUAUUAAAUUAAGAGAAGAGAAACCUAAUUUUCCUGGAAUCACGAUUUGCGCAAUAUAUUAAAUAGUUUAUUUAAAGAAGAGACAUUGUUUCGAGGUAUGAAGAUAUACUAUUGGUUUUGUAGGUAAACAACAUGGAUAUUGGUGACACUAUGAGGCAAAUGCUUGGUUAAUAGUACACUUAACAAAUGUUUAAGUGUAUUAAUGGAUUGAAUCAAAGAUUUCAAGAUAUAUACUUGUGUUUGGAAAAUAGGACAAGUGUUACCAUUCCAAUCUAAAAAAAGAAUAGUGAGUUUCCCUUGAAUGUGUUUAAGUACACCUAGAAUCACAGUUAUGGAAAACAUAUCACAAUAAUGGUGGGUCCUAUUAUCUAAUACAUGAAUAUAAAAAUUGAAGAUACAGUGAACUCGCACAAUAGACUUUUUGAAACUUAGUGUAAUGGUUGUGUAAUUGUAAUAAAAUACUGUGACACUUUCAGCCAUCAGAACAACAUAUGAUGAAAGCAGUUACAUAUUAUAAGUAUGUAAAAUAAAAUACAUAAAAAUAUUUCCACUAAGAAAGAGAUAAGAAUGAUCUCUUUUUGAAGCUUUUGUGAAAUACCUUGUAUAAACAAAUUGUGUUCUUAUUAAAAGUUAUAAAUAUUUAUUUAAAAAAAUUAUUAGUUACUUGAUAAUAACUUCCCAUGUUGAUAAAUAAAUAUAAAUAUAUUUUCAAUGUAAAUGAAAAUGUCUUGAGAUUGUUUGUUUUAGUAAAAAAUUUGAUUUUUAAUGUACCUUGUGUAAAUUAAAUGCUUCAUAUAAUA